UCCCGGCUCAGCCCAGGCCUGGGCCCGGCGCGGGAGCUCGCAGCCAUGGCUGUCAGCGCCGAGGGCGCCCGCAGGAAGGAGCGCAUCCUCUGCCUGUUUGACGUGGACGGGACCCUCACGCCGGCUCGCCAGAAAAUCGACCCUGAGGUAUCCGCCUUCCUACAGAAGCUUCGAAGCAGGGUGCAGAUAGGGGUGGUGGGCGGCUCUGACUACUCGAAGAUUGCUGAGCAGCUGGGGGAUGGGGAUGAAGUUAUCGAAAAGUUUGAUUACGUAUUUGCUGAGAACGGGACAGUACAGUACAAGCAUGGACGGCUGCUCUCCAAGCAGACCAUCCAGAACCACCUGGGCGAGGAGCUGCUGCAAGACCUGAUCAACUUCUGCCUCAGCUACAUGGCCGUGCUCAGACUGCCCAAGAAGCGCGGCACGUUCAUCGAGUUCCGGAAUGGCAUGCUGAACAUCUCACCCAUCGGCCGCAGCUGCACCCUGGAGGAGCGGAUCGAGUUCUCUGAACUGGACAAGAAGGAGAAGAUCCGAGAGAAGUUUGUGGAAGCCCUGAAGACAGAGUUUGCUGGCAAGGGGCUGAGGUUCUCCCGAGGAGGCAUGAUCAGCUUCGAUGUCUUCCCUGAGGGUUGGGACAAGCGCUACUGCCUGGACAGCCUGGAUCAGGACAGCUUCGACAUCAUCCAUUUCUUCGGGAAUGAGACCAGUCCUGGUGGUAAUGACUUUGAGAUCUAUGCUGACCCCCGGACCGUCGGCCACAGCGUGGUCUCCCCUCAGGACACAGUGCAGCGGUGCCGAGAGCUUUUUUUCCCAGAGACAGCCCAUGAGGCGUGAUGGCAUCCACGCCUGACCACUGUGAUUUCCAAAGAGCUCCGCCCACGCCUGAAGAAAGACCCAUGGAGUACCAGGGUUCUCCUCCUGUAUCCCAGAGUGCUGCUUCCUGCGAGCCACUGCAGUGCUCCCCCACACAGGACCAGGGUCUGUGUGACAACCGUCCCCGGUCAGUCGGCUCCUGAUGAGACUGGAUCCCGUCCUCUGCCCUUAUGGCUCGGGACACAGAUGUUGCUGCUUUGGAACAGCAUGAGUGCCCCUCCUCCCUGGGGCAGGCAUCCGCAUCCGUAUCUAUGAUAUGAAGCCCGCCCACCUGCUAUGGUCACAUGAAAGGCAGGGGGUGGGGAAUAGGCACUUUUCAGGAGACUUUAUGUCACAGAUAUUAAAGUUCCCAGGAUAAGGUA